ACUACACUGUUUAUUUCUCGCGCUUGUUUUCGGAAUCUGAAUCUGAGUGCACUCUGGCCGUACCCGUACCCGUCGUUCGUACGUGUCCGCACGAGUAAAAUUCUUAGGUACGAAAACCCUAUCUUUUUCAGACUGGCAGGUAUUAUUUUGCACAUGAUCUAUUGACAAGGAAAAUCGUAGUGUCAAAAAAAUUGUCUUUGCUUGGGCUGUAUCUCGUCCGUUCGUUGAUUGUCUCCGUCAAGUGUUUUAUCUUCAAAAGUUCAAAGGAAAUGGGAGAAAAUUGUCAAAUUUGAAGUAUUGUUUUUUUUAUCGUUGUCUUAUUAAGUAAAUGGUGAAUAGUGUUGUUUAUCAUUUGAUACAAAGUAGGUUUUUGAGAAGGUAUGGCAUCGACCGGCAGUACACCAUUUCCGAAAUGGCAAUUGGCCAUCCUUCUCGGUGCACCUUUGGCCAUCGGCUUAGGUUACCUUUAUCUACGGAAUAGAUUAGAAGAUCCAGAAAAGAAAAAGGUAGCUGAGUUAAAAGCCAAAACGACUAUUUCGUUAGAUAAUGAAGAAAACAACUCUAAAACUGCGGAAACCGCACUGGAUCGUGCCAUGAAACUUAAGGGUGCCGGAAACCGCGCUUUCCAUGCUGGCGAGUAUGAUAAAGCCAUUUCUUUAUACAACGAAGCGAUUGAGGCAUGCCCUCCUGAUCGUCCGGUAGAUUUGGCGACGUUCUAUCAAAACCGUUCAGCAUGCUACGAGAAACGUGAAAUGUGGGAACAAGUUAAGGAAGAUUGUACAUUUGCACUUAAGUUGAAUGAAAAAUAUGUAAAAGCAUUUCUACGACGUUCGCGAGCUGCUGAAAAAAGCGGUGAUUUGGUAUUGGCACUUGAAGAUGUAACUUCAGCCUGCAUCCUUGAAAAGUUCCAAGUGCAGAGCUCACUCGUCAACGCCGACCGUAUCCUGAAGGCGCUUGGCAGGCAGCAUGCCCGCGAAGCCCUCGCAAGACGACGCCCUGUUAUGCCAUCUAAACACUUUAUAAAAACAUACUUUUCCGCAUUCUCUGAAGAUCCUAUUGCAAAAAUAUACUUAGAUGAUAAAGUAAAUGGUGGUUUCUCUAAGGCGAAAAAAGCAUUAGACAACCAAGAUUAUGAAUCGAUUGUUGAAGCUUGUACAGAGGAAAUUACUGCCAAUGGCAUUUACAAGAAUGAAGCCCUCCUACUUCGUGCAACAUUCUAUCUACUGCUUGGAAGACAUGAUGAAGCUCAGACUGACCUUGGGAAUGUAAUUGAGAGUGAUGCACUUGUCAAAGUAAAAGUGAAUGCUUUGAUAAAGCGUGCCUCUUUGUACACACAGCUGGAAAACACUGAACUCUGCCUGGAAGACUUUGCUAAAGCUGCUCAUUUAGAUCCAAAGAAUUCUGAUAUUUAUCAUCACCGUGGUCAGGUGUACUUGUUAUUGGAACGCAUGGAUGAGGCGACUGCUGAAUUUGCAAAGGCAGUAGAACUGAACCCAGAUUUCUCAAUUGCGUACAUUCAAAAGUGUUAUGCUGAUUAUAAACAUGCACAGAUAAAUAAAAAUGUUGGUGCAUUAGCCCAAGCAAGAGCUGAUUUUGAACGGGCAUUGGAGAGAUUCCCAAGGUGUCCCGAAGCUUAUAUUCUCUAUGCACAGGUUCUUUCCGAUCAGCAAGAGUGGGGCCGUGCUGAGGCUUUGUUUGAUUCUGCAUUAGCUGUUGAUCCAAAUAAUGCCACAUUAUAUGUUCAUAAAGGCUUAGUACAAUUGCAAAAGAGCACAGAUUUUGACAAAGCUGUUAAGCUUAUUAACAAGGCUAUUGAAAUGGAUGACAAAUGUGAUUUUGCUUAUGAAACCCUUGGCACAAUUGAAGUACAAAGAGGCAACUUGAGGAGAUCUUUGGAAUUAUUUGAAAAAGCUAUUGCAUUAGCCAAAACUGAGUUAGAGAUGACACACUUGUUCUCCCUAAAAGAUGCAGCAGCUGCACAACUUAAGGUGUCUGAGCGCUGGGGUCUUGAUUGGACUGUAAGCUAGGUAUUCACCAAUAAUGUGAUGCAUUAUUCGAAAGGAUUAAUAUCUGGUAUGAUAUAUCACUUGUCCGUUCAAACCAACAGUAAUCAUUAUUAAAUAACACCUAUGUAUUUUAAAUUACUCUGAUAUUAUUGAUCAUGAAUCCUUGGAUAUGGAAGUUAUUAACUUUAUACUACUAAAUAUUUGAAUUUGUCAUUAAAUGGGAAAAUCUGAAACAUAAAAAGCGCACAGAGAAGGAAACAUGUUGGCUUGAAAAAUAUAUGAUAUUUCUUUUUCAAAUGUAAAACCAAAUUUAUUAUGCUACUUUGUGUGAUUGUAUUGUGAAUGUUUAACAUUUAUUUGUUAUAUUAUGUCAGAUAUUAUUCUAAUUGUGAGUUAUCGGUACUUAGCCGCCGCCCAAUCCUAUUGCGUUGCUAUGGUGACAGCAUUGUUAUGUUAUUUACUACAGUUUUUUUUAAUUGUGAUUUAUUUGAAAGCACUGCCAUAUUAAAGGGCAAUUAAAAUUCUAUCAUUGAAAGUUUCAUACCCAUACAAUUUAUAACUUUAUGUGUAACAUAAUUUGUGUGAUAAAAUUUGAUAAUUUUUUUCUGCCAAAAUAAGAUGUAUAAAGUAAAAUGCGCAUGUUUAACAUUAUUAGGUAGUACAACUACUUUAACAAAAGAAUUAAGUACCAAAAAAACAAUUAAGUCAUAAUUUUCUUAAAAUAUGUAUAAUAAUCUACAAAAUGGAAAAAUGAUGGUUUUUGUCAUAUGGCAUCCUGAUAAAGCUAAUAAUGUGUCGAUUGCAUAUGAAAGUUAUAGAUUAUAAAUUUGUUACAUGUUUUGACAAAUAAUAAAAAAUAAAUACUGCCACUAAAGGUACUUGCAGCAGUUGCGUACAGUAAGGUUUUAGCUGCACUAUUUAUUAGCUUGUAUGGAUUUCUAUGAAAAUAAAACUCUGGUGUAGGUGCAGCCUACAGUUGCAAUCUAUGUGGGCUAUAGAAGAGCACCUUAGAAGUAUUGGAUAAAAUAUUUUUAAUGUUUAGGCUGGACUGAAAUCUAAAAAAUGAUAAUUUAGAUAUACCUAUUGAGUUGCUGUUGGAAAUUUAAAAAGGUGUUGAUACUAAUGUCUUUUUUUUUUGAAUUGAAUUUUAUCUGCAUAUUAUUAUAUAUGUCAACAGCCAAACCUGAUUUCAGGACAAACUAGUUUUUCCUAGGCCAAAUCAGUUCAACCUCCAGGCGGUAGGAUAAACCUGACCUGAAAGCUACAGAUUUUCUGUUCAUGUCUGUUAAUAAAAGAAUUGUACAUUUACACUUGGAAUACUUGGGCUCUGCAGAGCGUUUCUUUGGAAUUUAAAUCAAUUUCAAAAUUCGAAGCUUUACAUAAAUUAUGCCACUCGUAAAUACACUGCAAGCAUAAAAAAUAACCCAAUGAAUGCAGAGUUGAAGCCUUAUGCCACAUCGAAUGAAAGGAGAGUAUUUUAAACAGUGCCAUCUUAAAAAUAAUAUUAUUCCUUAUUUGUAUUUAGUUGCCAUCGAUAUUAAAUACCCUAGAUACAACAACACGUACAAAAUCAUGUCCGAAACCUGUCCAAAAGGUACAUUGGACGAUCCACGGAGCUCCGUAAGAUGAUCGCGUUGUCAAAAACAAUAUAAGGCAUUAUUUAAACAUUGAAAGUCACCUUUAAUGCGUACUGUGUAAGGUCUUAAUUAAAAUGCCGCAUGCAUUUUAUGACAAAGAGUUAUGACAGUUCAAAAUGCAAGCUCGCAAAAUUUUACGACUUAUUGCGGCUAUAUGCGGAAGAAUAUAGUCUAUUUCUUAGACUACGCGCAAUUCUGAAUGCGCCGUUAGCAAUAUAGUAGGUACGGACCGCGAGGAAAAGAGAUGGCUAUAUAACCAAUCAUGCAUUUAAAUAAUAUCACAAAUAUUUUCUAUUAAAUCAGUUUAUAGUAACUAUUCGAACAAAAUUUGCUUCAAAUGCGUUAAAUUAACAAACAUUGAUUAGAUACCUGUCGAAAAAACGACACUAUGUACUAUGUGUAUUUUUUCACGAAUCUUGCAGCAUUUUGACGUUUCCAUGGUCCGCACGUCACUGUGAACCAAGAAGUGCUUGAGUGGAGUUCAAGCACUUCUUGAUUGGGUCACAUUUUGAGCGCACGCGGUGUAACUAGGGUAUUUAAUAUCGUUGUUAGUUACUGUAUAGAUGGGAAGUCUCUGGUCGACUUGUUAUAUAUAUUUAUAUAAAAUAUAAUUCCCUUAAAAGUAUUCUAAGCUGGAAGAAAUAUGUAAAAUAAACAAAUAUUCAGUUAGUUUGGAUAACAAGUCUCUGCAUUUCGAUUAUUACCAAUAUAAUAUCCAGUUAAAACCAAUAUUAUAUCCAGUCAAUGUUAUUGUAGAUAUAUAGGAUAGACACGAAUAUUAAAAAAAAUGCCAUUUACCUUUAUCAAUCUGAAGAAAAGGCGUAAAUUCUGUACCUAAAUAUUACUUGCGGGAUAAACAUUAAAUUACGAAACCAAAAAACGGAGUUUCUUUUUUAAUACCUAGGUAUACCUGGGUGUAAAUCGGGUAUGAGUCUCUAAAGAACUAUAUUUGACAGAAGAAACUUACUAAGGUGUAUUACUGAGCAUAUGAGACUGUUCUCUUUAAAUUAAGUUUAAGGAAUUAAACCAGAACGAAGAAGAAGAACCAAUUGUUACCCAAUUUUAAUUGACCCUUUACAAAGUUCAACUCACACUGGCAUCAGUUCCGUAUUCCAUGCACACUACUUACCUCUUAAUUCCUGAAAUCCGCACCCGCGGAGGUCAAAUUCACAACCCAGGGUGUCGAUUCUUCUAAACUAACUAAACUUAAACUGUCGAGUGUUAUAAUCUACUGAUUAAUCAUUUUAGGAUUGGUUUUUGGCAUAUUUAUUUCCACUUAAACACAAUAUAUGGAUAUGAUUUUAUUUAUUUUUAAGCAUUUAACUGCUAGAUGUUUAAAUCUAAAGAAAAGUGUACUAGAAAAAAAAAUCCACGCGGACCAGGCAGCGGACGGGACCCGUCCGCUGCCUGGUCCGCGUGGAUUUUUUUUCUAGUACACUUUUCUUUACAAUAUAUGGAUUUUGGUAUUUUAUAUUUUAGUAACAAGAAUUGUGUCAAAAAGCGCAUUUUUUACGUAAGCUUAGCAGAAUCGACACCCUGGUCUAAAACCACAUCUAAUAGCACCUUGAAUACUCACCAAAAAUAUAUGCCUAUAAGUACCUACAGGUCUGCAAUUCUAUUUGUUUGGCUGUUUUUUUGAAUAUAAUUUAAGUAUACCUGUCAAAAAAAAAGACUAUAUAAUGUGUUGAAACAAUACCUACUAUAAAAAUAUUGACAGUGAUUGUAAGUAAAUAUUAUGAGCGAGAUAAUGUCUAUUAUAUACCUAUUUCGCAUUAGAAACAAACUGGUUUGAGAAUAAUGUGAUUUACUUUUUUUGAUGCCAUUUUGAUAUCGCAACAAACAUAAAAUAUAAAUAAUCUUUAAGUAUCAAACUCCCGUAAGUAUAAUUUUAUAUGUCUUGCCGUAUUUAUGAAGAUUAGUAAUAUGUUGCGGUCUAUAAUUUAUUUAAAAAUAUAUAUUUCAAUGCAAAUUUUUGAACUAAUCUGUACAAUAUACAUAAUCUAGACCAAUACCUGUCGAUGAUUCUUGAACAAAAGACAAUUUUGUUGCAAUGCCAUAACUGUUGUACCUACUUACAAAAUAUGAUUUAAAAGUUUAAGACAACAUAUAUGUUUCUUAUAUAUGUUUUUGUAUAGGCUUAUGUAACGUGCAAUCACUAAGUCAUACAGUGACUCGUUUUCGUAGUUCGUUAGUUGUAAUGCUCACGUUACACCCGCCUUAAAAGCUUUAUUAAGGCUUUAUUACUGUUGUUUUGCGAAAUUGAGAGAUUUCUAUUGAAACUUGCCACAAAUCUGACCUCUGAAAUGCUGAAGUGAUACCUAAUGUUUAUUUUUAUGUUUGUUUGUUUAAAUUCUUUCCUAUACGGGUAACUUGAUGGAAUACCUCUAAAGUAUAAAUGUGUAUUUGCUACAAGCUUAGAAGUCGGAAGCAGUUAUUACCUUUCGUUGGUAAGAAAAAGCGCGCUUUAAGUUGGUGCGGCGGCGCGUACUUACCGGUUGGUUAAGUUCACCAACUGACAGGGCCAUAGAUGUGUAUGUAUAGACGUAUAUAUUUAGGCAUAACAAAUUUUAUUGUUAUUUUCCAUGAAUGUGAACCUAUGUAAAAUUUAUCGCAAUGUUUUGAAUGCGUCCUGCAAAUUAUCAGGUAGUUUGUGACUUUAGGAAUAGCUUGCAGAAAAUGGUUCUACAAGAGUUGUUACCUCACCGAUAGUGAAUAGUUAUCUAUUUAUGAAAAGUAAAAAAUACAUUACCUA